AUGGACGAGAAUAUGGCGUACCACUGCUUCAGAAUCGACAAAGGCGACCCCGACAUCCGGGCUCUGGCUGACAGGUAUAAGCACCUCCGGCUCGCCGCCCUGCAGCAAUCCCCCUCUUCCUUCUCGUCCACUCUCGAGAUUGAGGAGGCCUUCACCGACUACGCCUGGACCUCCCGCCUCUGCGCUCCCGGUAAGGAGACUUUCAUCUGCUGCUGCGUCGCCGCGGAAAAGGCAGCGCCUCUGCAAGACCUAUGGCUCGGACAGGUGACGCUCCUCGGGCCCAUCUCCGCGGGCGCCUUCUGCCUCUCCGCCGACUCCACGCCGGAACAAGGCGGCGACGAGGAGCGGUGGCAGAUGCUGAGCCUAUAUACCCUGCCAUCCCACCGGGGCAAGGGCCUGGGCAAGAUGCUAUGCCGGGCGGCCUUUCAUCAUCUGUCGUCUCUGCAAGGCCCAAGUAGGGUCCGUGUGCGCAUCAUGGUCAAACCCGAGAACCAGGUGACGCUCGGGCUGUACCGUGGCCUGGGGUUCGUUGACGCCGGCCGUUGCACGCUGGAGGAGGCCCUGAAGGCCAACGGAGACGCCGACCUGCUACCUCGGGGGACGCUGCCGGAAAAGUACACCACGCGAAGCGGCAUUGUCAUGACGGUGAACUUGGAUCGUUUGGAGCCGUCUUAA